AUGCAGACCCCGCCGCCCACCGUGCCCGCGUCGUCUCUGGAGUGCGUGAGAUCGUGCACGGCCGCCUCGUGGAAGGGGGGCGGAAGGCCCUACGAAUGCAGCGUACUCUCGUGCGCGUGGAACGCGCCGCGCGCGCUCACGGGCGCGCUCGCCAGCACCGCGCAGUGCUCCUCGUGCGGCCACGCCGAGGCCGGAGGCGGCUGGAGGAGGCGCGGGCGGUCGCGUCGGAGUAACAACUCGUUACUGCGUAUCACCUUUGAUGAGGACAUCAAUAGAGGGAAAUUUGGUUAUGAUCCAUCACCUGCCUACUCUGCAAGUUUUGUCAGACCUUGGUCUACUACUGUUGACCCAACAUGGAGAGCUUACUGCUAUUCAUCAUCUGAAUCCUUCAUCAUCUCCCCAGAGACUUUGUGGGAGGAUCUCAAACCAGCUGUUUCAUAUCUUCAACCUGAAGAGUUAAACUUUGUGCAUGACGCUUUGAAGUUGGCAUACGAAGCUCACAGUGGACAAAAACGGCGAAGUGGAGAACCAUUCAUUAUUCAUCCUGUCGAAGUUGCUCGUAUUCUUGGAGAGCACGAACUUGACUGGGAAUCCAUUGCUGCUGGUUUAUUGCAUGACACUGUUGAAGAUACAGACGUGGUUACCUUUGAAAGAAUAGAAAAUGAGUUUGGGCCAACUGUGCGCCGUAUUGUUGAAGGGGAGACAAAGGUAUCUAAGUUGGGGAAACUUCAGUGUAAAAGUGAGGGUAGCUCGAAACAAGAUCUUAAAGCAGACGACCUAAGGCAGAUGUUUCUUGCCAUGACAGAAGAGGUUCGUGUGAUCAUUGUCAAACUGGCAGACAGGUUGCAUAACAUGCGUACUCUCACACAUAUGCCUCAGCACAAGCAGUAUGCCAUCGCCAUGGAGACAUUGCAGGUCUUUGCCCCUCUAGCAAAACUCCUUGGGAUGUACCGUAUAAAGUCUGAGCUGGAAUAUCUAUCCUUCAUGUACGUUAACCCCACUGGUUUUGCUGAACUAAGGAAAAGAGUCGAAGACUUGUACAAGGCCCAUGAACAAGAAUUGGAAGAGGCGAAUAGGAUUUUAAGGCAAAAGAUUGUUGAGGAUCAGUUUCUCGAUCUUGUUAGUGUUGAAACAGAAGUGCGCUCAGUUUACAAAGAGCUCUACAGCAUUUACAAAACUACACUCAAAUCCAAGAGUUCAAUAAAUGAGGUGAAUCAGGUUGCUCAGCUGAGGAUCAUCAUAAAACCAAAAUCCUGCAAUGGUGUUGGGCCAUUGUGCACUGCACAACAGAUCUGCUAUCAUGUUCUUGGCCUUGUUCAUGGUAUAUGGACACCCAUUCCUCAAGCUGUGAAAGAUUACAUUGCAACUCCAAAACCUAAUGGCUACCAAAGUCUACACACAACAGUGAUACCAUUUCUUAACGAGAGUAUGUUCCAUUUGGAAGUUCAGAUAAGAACAGAAGAUAUGGAUUUAAUAGCAGAAAGAGGUAUUGCUGCACAUUACAGUGGAAGAGGGGUGGUUUCUGGACCUGUUCGCCCUGGAAUAUCAAGUGGAAGAAAUGCCAAGGGGAAAGUAAUCUGCUUGAACAACACAGGCUUUGCUCUGAGGAUUGGUUGGCUCAAUGCAAUCCGCGAGUGGCAGGAAGAGUUUGUUGGUAAUAUGAGUUCUAGGGAAUUUGUUGAUACUAUCACCCGAGAUCUUCUGGGAAGCCGUGUCUUUGUGUUUACUCCUAAAGGCGAGAUUAAAAACCUGCCUGAGGGAGCCACAGUGGUUGAUUAUGCUUAUCUGAUCCAUACUGAAAUCGGCAACAAAAUGAUUGCAGCAAAGGUGAAUGGCAAUCUGGUUUCACCAAUCCAUGUACUUGCAAAUGCUGAAGUGGUGGAGAUUAUAACUUAUGAUAAAUUAUCUAGUAAGUAUGCUUUCCAGCGUCACCAGCAGUGGCUACAGCACGCAAAAACUCGCAGUGCUAGACACAAAAUUAUGAAAUUCUUAAGGGACCAAGCUGCUCUUUCUGCUGCUGAAAUUACUGCUGACGCAGUUAAUAAUUUUGUUGCUGAUCUUGAAGACGAAAGUGAUAGUGAGCUUUCACUUCCAAGCACCAAGAACGAAGAUAGUAAAUUCAACUGGGAGAAGACAUUAAGUUCUGAUAAAUUAUUCUUUGUCAACAAAAGUAGCGAUGGCUUUUUACCUGUUAAUAAUGUCCAUCCAAAGCUCAAUGGGAAGCAAAACAAAACUGUUAAGGAAUUGGGCAUCAAAAUCAAUGGUCAUUCUACAAUUCGAGGUGAUAGCUUCAAUGAGUUAAUGCACCCUGGCAAUUCCACCUGCAAGGAAGUUUUCCCUGGUUUAGAUCGCUGGAAAUCUGGUAAAAUUUCUGGUUGGCAUAGUACGGAAGGCAACUCUGUCCAAUGGCUUUGCAUAGCCUGUGUUAACCGAAAAGGGAUGAUGGCGGAGGUUACAUCGGCUCUUACAGCUUGUGGAAUUACCAUAUGUUCUUGCGUGGCAGAAGUCAAUAAAAGGAGGGGAAUGGGUGUGAUGCUGUUCCAUUUUGAGGGAAGCUAUGAGAACGUGGUCAGUGCAUGUUCAAGUGUUGACAUGAUUCUUGGUGUUCUUGGUUGGUCUGUGGGAUGUAGCUGGUGUCCAUUGGGUGUUCUUGAGUGCUAA